AUGGAAACAAGUACGACGAUUUUGGACCAAGCGAAUUAUUGGUUUCCUGACUCGGAGGAUAAAUUAUUCUUGAGAAAUGUUGUCCAAGUUUUUGAAUUCAUCGCCCAUCCAACGAUUCAAAUUCAAUUCUACAUUGCUAUAAUUGGUCUAAUUAUUACAUUUUUUCAUUUAAUAAUUUUAAAAAGAAAAUCGAUAAUGACAACAUCUGUAAUUUCAAUUAUGAUUGGAAUUGGUCUUUGUGAUUUUGUUGCAAUGAUUGCGACAAUCAUUUAUUCUUGGAUUAUUUAUAAUGAGGAUGAUGAUAAUCCAUGCCUCCGUCCAUUCUCCGAAAACCAAUUGUACAUUUUUUGGAUUUUCAUAAAUAUUCGAGAACUUGUCCGAAGAACUUCCACAUGGCUAGGAGUGCUCCUAGCCCUUGUCAGAUAUAUAAAUUUAAAAUUUUGCACCCAAACGAAAUUCCAACACUAUGCAUUCCCCUUAUACGGUUUCCGUUCCUCUAUUAAUUGUUUUCUGGCCAGUAUCCCCUUUUCCAUAAUCUAUUAUUUUCGUUAUAAUAUUAUUUACAAUGGCAACUGGAAUCCACCGAAAGAUUGUGGAAUUGUGAAUAACGAAACGACUCCAGUACCUUCAUAUAUUCAAAUUCCAUCUGCUCUGUUUACAGAAUUCAAUGGGAUUUUUGGGAAAAUUUAUAUGUUUUUAAAUGGAGUUGCUUCCAAAAUUUUACCAUGUAUUUUGUUGCCAUUGUUGACUUUUUUAUUGAUUAAUGAGAUCAAAAAAACGGAUCGAGGGAGGAUGAUGACUGGAAGUUUUAUGAAAAAGAGAAAAGCCGACAAAACGACAUCGCUUGUAAUUUUCAUGACAUGCACAUUUUUCAUCGUCGAGUUUCCCUCUGGAAUUGUUGUGGUACUCCAGGUGGCAUUCACCGAACUUGGAUAUUUGUAA